UAAAAACUUAACCUCAAAAUGUAUGAAAAUGCACGUGUAAAUACAACUGUGUAGUCGCGAAUAAUUACGAAUUUAGCGUUGCACUUUGGUUGCACAUGCAAUGUAAUUUAUAAUAUUUUACAGAAAGCGUUUAUUAUUCUACCAAGUAUUUGUAAUUAAAAUAAGUUACUACGAGAAGGGGAAAAUGGUCGGUCAACGAAAGAAGAAGUACGAGUCAGGUGAGGGAGCUCAGUUUAUGUCAAGGAAGGCAGUCCUCAAAAAGUUGCAGUUAUCGCUAAAUUCAUUCCGAAGACUAUGCAUACUGAAAGGAAUUUAUCCACGAGAACCUCGCAAUCGCAAGAGAGCCCAGCAGGGUAAAACUGGUAUCAAAAUCUUAUAUCACAAGAAGGACAUUCAAUUCUUGCUGCAUGAGCCUAUUAUAUGGAAGUUGAGGGACUAUAAGAUUUUUAAUAAAAAACUCAACAAGGCAAAAUCUCUUAACGACCACAGUAAAAUAAAAUGGUAUCUCAGUAAUCACGUGUCGAUAAAACUUGACCACAUAGUUAAGGAGCGCUAUCCAACGUUCAUAGAUGCAUUAAGGGAUUUAGACGAUUGCCUCACAUUAUGUUUUCUCUUCGGCACGUUCCCAUCUUUGGCUCACAUUCCCAGAGACCAGACUUUAUUGUGCAGAAGACUGGUGGUAGAAUUUAUGCACGCUGUGAUAGCAGCAAAAGCACUUCGCAAAGUGUUUAUAUCCAUUAAAGGAUACUAUUACCAAGCAGAGAUCAAAGGGCAGACAAUUACAUGGAUCGUGCCACAUAAUUUCUGUUUCGAGCCUCAGAAGAAAAGUGAAAUUGACUUUAUAGUCAUGUCUACGUUUGUAGAGUUUUAUACCGUGCUGUUGGGUUUUGUCAACUUUAAGCUGUACCAUUCUUUGAAUCUCUACUACCCUCCAAAAUUAAAUGACAUUGGUUGUCAUGAUAAGGAGCUUGUUGACGAAGAAGCAUUUGUAUCGGAAAGAAUAGCAGCUUUGACUGCACCACUGAUUAGUAGUAACUCGGACAGGACGGUGGAAGAAGAGGAGUGUCAAAUAGACCAAUUUUCAAAUACUGGGGAGACUGAUCAAUUGGAGGCUACCAAAGUUGAAGCAGCGAAAAUUGAUAAACUGAAAAUUCUCUUCAAAGGCUUGAAAUUUUUUAUCAACCGUGAAGUACCAAGGGAGCCCUUGGUCUUCGUCCUUCGCUGCUUUGGUGCAGAAGUAUCGUGGGAUAAAACUUUAUUUAUCGGCGCCACUUUUGAUGAAAAUGAUGAAACCAUCACUCAUCAAAUCAUUGAUCGACCCAGCAUCGAUAAGCAAUAUAUUUCAAGAUACUACGUGCAACCGCAAUGGGUGUUUGAUUCAGUCAACGCAAGAGAGAGGUUACCUGUGGAAAAGUACCUUAUGGGUGUUACGCUUCCUCCACAUUUGUCUCCUUUCACGGAUGACCAACAUGACCAGGUGUACAUUCCUCCAGAAGCUCGUCCAUCUGUUGAAAUUGGAGUACAGAACAAAAAUGAUCACGGUGAGGGGAUAGUCCAUGACGAAGAGGAAGAAGAAGAAGAGGUUGAGGAAAAUAUUGCAGAAGAAACUGAGGACACAGGGGACGAGAUGUCAAGUCACAAGAAGAAGAAAACAAAGAAAAUUAAAAAGAAACUCGAGAAGUUGAAUAAGGAGAUGAAAGUCAAAGCAGGUGAAAUAACAGUCGAGCCUCAAUGGGACGCUCAAAGAAAAGAGAGACAGGAGUAUCGACUGAGAGAGAAAAUGAUUAAGAAGAAGCACAGAAAUUUGUACAAGAGCAUGAUGCAGGGUCGAGAGAAAAGGGCGAAAGAAAUUUGGCUCCUUCGCAAAAAAAGGCGGCUUCACGACACAGCCGAAGACUCGUGUACCAAAACGAAUGAAUAAAGAAAACAUUGGCACCACUUUGAGGUAAAUGUAAGUAACAAUUGACUUAAAAGGGAAAGAGCUUUCCUUUUUAU